AAAACAUCAACGUAAUGUUACUAUAUUAUUAUCAACUCAUACUUUACAAGAAGGACAUGUGCGUCUAGCUAAUAACAAUAAUAAUAAUAUUAUACUUUGGGAAAACAGCUUGAAAUCUUACUGGCCUUAUUAUAAAUACAAUUUUUAGGUUCAACAACAGCAUAGUCUUUGCUUCAUUUUGAUUUUGUUAGUAUUCAUAUCUUUCAAAUGGGAUCAGGUUCUUCACCUUGUGCUUGUUGCAAAUUGUUGAGAAGGCGUUGCACACAAGAAUGCAUCUUUGCGCCUUAUUUUCCUUCUGAUGACCUACGCAAGUUUGCCAUUGUUCAUAAGGUUUUCGGUGCUAGCAAUGUCACCAAAAUGCUCCAGGAGCUUCCUAUUGAUCAAAGAGCAGAAACAGUGAAUAGUUUAGUUUAUGAAGCAAAUGCAAGAGUGAGAGAUCCUGUUUAUGGAUGUGUUGGAGCCAUAUCAUAUCUUCAAUCACAAGUUUCACAAUUACAAAUGCAACUUGCAAUGGCUCAAGCAGAGAUUCUUUGCAUUCAGAUGCAGCAAGACUCAGCUACGGUUACCGACACAUUACCAGCAUAUAAUGACCAAGAUGAGAGAUUGAUGCUCCUAUCUGAAAACAGUAACUGCUAUGGAGAUCUUCCACAGUAUAUUAACUUUCCUUCUUCUUCUUCUUCCUCAUCUUCCAAUGUAUUCCAAGACUUUGAGCCUCUCAAAAGAGAGUCUUUUUGGGCUUAAAAUUGAUUGCUUAUUAAUCAUCAAUGAAAA